AUGAACAUUUCUUUCAUGGAUGCUGUCCAAGAAAUGCCUGGGUUUGCUAAGUAUUUGAAGGAUCUCUUAACAAAGAAGAAGAAGCCAUUGAAACAUGACACUGUGGGUAUCACUCAUCGCGUCAGUGCUAUUAUUUCCAAGACCACAGUGCAAAAAAGGGAAGAUCCUAGAGCAUUCGCCAUUCCAUGCACCAUAGGGCAGCAAGAUUUUGCAAAGGCGUUGUGUGAUAACGGGGCUAGCAUAAAUCUUAUGCCCCUUGAGAUUUUUAAGAGAUCAGGAUUAGGGAUGCCAAGGCCCACUACCAUGAGGUUGCGUAUGGUCGACAGAUCGAUCAAAAGGCUAGUUGGGGUAGUUGAUGAUGUUCUUGUUCAAAUUGGGGAAUUCCUACUGCCGGCAGAUUUCGUGAUUCUAAACUGUGCUGUUGAUCAAGAAAUUCCUAUUAUUCUGGGGAGACCUUUCCUUGCUGCUGUGAGGGCUUUAUGGAUUAGAAAGAAUGAAAUCAAGUUCGGGUUAACGAUGAUGAGGUGA